AUGGCCACAAACACACCUCCAUUGAAUGACAUAAUCGCCAACAUCAACAAAAACCCGAUCCCCGAGUUCACACCAAACAGAAUCGCUUCCGCAAACUUAACCCCCAACCUCGUCUUACCCCGCACCGCCCCACAGGAGCGGCCUCCGGAUCAUGACAGAGAGAGGAGAAAU